CUGGUCACACUGCUGUCAAAUUAAUUUAGUCAACAAGGUUUUAAAAAAAUCUCGUACAUACGUAAUUUGUGUAUUUUCUAGGUAAUAAAAUGGAGAGAGAUCUUCACCAAUGUAGCACAAAUUUUGAUACGCUCAAGUCUAAAGUAAAAGAAUCAUUCGAACGCAUCUAUGCAUGCUUAAAAGCGAGGGAAUUGAAAAGCUUAAGACAAUUAGAUGUCAUUAGUAAACACUGCCGAGAUGACCAAAACUUAAUUAAAAACUAUCUGCAAAAUAUAAAAAUACGCUUUGACAAUGAGCCAGGCUUACUAAAAAAUAUUAAUGAAUACGGAUCGAUAGAUUUUGAAAAUCUCUGUUUGGAUAGCAGUAUUUUUAGCUUAGAAGAAUACAUCAGUGCUGAAAGCGACCAUAUGUAUUCAUACAAGGGAUUAAAAGACGAAAGGAAAGACUUCGCCAUCAAAGAAGCUGCCUUAAGAAAAAUAACGAGCACACAGAACUGCAAUUGCUGCGUUAAUAUAACUAGUAAGGAUGUUUCCAAACAAUUUUGUGAAACAGAAAAAAAUGUCACAGAUAUUACAAAAUCUGAGAAAUGUAAUAAAAUUGACUAUAGUACUUGCAAUGGUGAUGGAGAUAGUACUUGUGAAUGUAGUGAUAAGAUAUUAGAAGUAAAUAGUAAAAUAAUAGCCAACAAGGCGAAUGAAGUUGGUACAAAUUUAGGGAAUAAUAGUGAUAUAAGUGAAGAUAUGGAAAUCAAGAAAAAUAAUUCCACUGAAAAUUGGUUGAAUUUGAUAAAAGGUCAGACAGAAACAGAGCCUACAGAUGGAAUGGAACACAGCAAUAUAACAUAUUCAUAACUAAAGUAAAAGUUAAGUUUAAUAUAAUGUUUUUUACA